AUGGAGUUCUUAGAUUCUGGGAAACUCAACUCUGAACAGAGGCAUCUGGCCUUCACACCUGACACCAUGACCUGCUCCUGCUGCUCCCCUUGCUGCCAGCCCACCUGCUGCCGCCCAACUUGCUAUCAAACUAUCUGCCAUACCAACUGCCUCCGACCAGUGUGUGAGGACAGCUGCUGCCGCCCCUCCUGUGGCAGCUCCUCCUGCUGCCAGCCCACCUGCUGCAGACCCACCUGCUGCCAGUCCUGCUGCUGCCGCCCAACCUGCUAUGAAAACACCUGCCGUACUCACUGCCAUACCACCUGCCUCCGACCAGUGUGUGAGAUCAGCUGCUGCCGCCCCUCCUGUGGCAGCUCCUCCUGCUGCCGCCCCUCCUGUGGCAGCUCCUCCUGCUGCCGCCCCAUUGCCUGCUGCCAGCCAGCUUGCUGCAGCCCCAUGUACUGCCAGAGAACCUGCUACCACCCAACAUGUGUCCGCCUGACUGGCUGCCUGCCUGAGACCUUCGGGUGCACCUCCUGCCAGCCCUGCCACCGCCCAUCCUGCUGUGGGUCCAGCUGCUAG